CGGUACCAGCCGGUACUCCAUUCCUUCUGCCCUUUCCCUACGAUUCCUUCCAGUGGUCGACCAUAAAAAGCUUGCGUACUGUCGUUCAUUCAAUAUCUCCCGGGUGACAGUUUCUUCAAGAGCAUCGCUAUUAUGUGUCACCACGAAAUUGUCGGGGACUACCAUAGGGGCUGUGGACAUUUUCACGGGCGCUACUUUACGGGUGACGUGAUGGACUGUAACUCUCCAAGAUGCAAGACAAGCAAGUCUCACAUGCAUAAGACAGCCAUCAACUGUGGCUGCCCCCCUGUAGUCACGGAAAACAGAAGAGUACAAAAUUUAUACCAAACAAAGCAUCCUGAUUGCCAGCAGCAGCCGCGGUGACUUGGAGCUCUACGCAGGCAGGUACUCGUCGAGGGAGAUGAAUGGCGAGUUAGCCGUACGCUUCUUCCCACCUCUAUCGGGAUCUCCAGAGCGGGGCUCUCAAUUUAUACGUAAUUUAUGAUCACUACACAUGUAGCUUCUGGUCGCUCAGGAUACACUUGCCUAUGUAAGAUCACGACACCACCACUGUAGUAUGUAUAUCAGAUGUAAAUCGAUCGCUACAUGCACUGCACAACCCAUCGAGAAUCAUGAAGGCGAUCGUAACACGCUCUUCAGAAGGCGUGCGGGCGGGUAGCAGUAUUCACGGGCUGCAUGACACACGAGUCGUCGUUUCAUCAGAUUUGUGGACCCCACCAAGAAGUGUGAAUACAUACUGGUGGCCCUGAUCUUGCCG